AUGGUAGAGAGAUGGCGAAAGGAGACACACUGCUUCAAUUUUCGUGAAGGCGAGUGCACCAUCACACUUAAGGACAUCGCCAUCCUUACCGAUCUCCCCAUUGAUGGUGAUGUUGUUUGUGUGGACUCUACGGCACCACCUAAAGUUGUUGCCAAUAUGAGUGGUUGGCAACAUUUUAUAUGGACGGUCACUGGUAGCCUGCUUGUUGGUUGUAAUCCGCCUGUUGAGCUUCUUCUUCAUAUGAAGGGAAGGAUUGAUGACUUCCUCCAGUUCCAUGAUGAUACUCCGCCUGACUCCAACUCGAGUCUUGGAAAUCCUGGUGGGGAUGAUCUUCGUAUAAUACACUCCCACCGUGGAUACCAGAUGUUUGGCCAGCUCCAGAAUGACCUACACUGCCUUGAACGGCCUCGGUGUAAACGAACAUCUCCGCUUGCUUCAUUGUAUUGGUGGUCAAAAAUUGGACCAUGGCAUCAACGUCCUCCUGAGUGGUAA